AAGUCCACAGGUCUUAAAAGUGGAAUGGUUGGUGAAUUAUGAAUCUUUAAACUGAGCUUGUUAAGCGUAUGAGGUGAACAAAUGAAUGUUUCUCCCCCAGCAACAGCUUCUGGCGCAUAAGAAGCCACAGGAUGUUCGAACAAUCUUCGUCUUCCAGAGAAUUCAAGAAUUCCAACGUAGGAAAGGAGAGCAGUGGGAGCUGCUACUCCAGGCAUGCUGAUUCCCCAACUUCUGCAUCUUCUCAAGCAAGUUUUAGUUCCGUGGAUUCAGAGUACCACAUCAAAGAGGCCGUGGGCCGGAUGCGCGCUUUCCUCCAUGAAAAAUCUCAGGAUGUGCCGGAGACCUCCAAGUUCCUGGAAUGUGUGGACCUGGUUACCGCCACGAUGGACAGUGGGAAAGACGGCUUCCGAGACGAGUACUACAACGCCACGUUGCUGAGGGACAUCCUCCGGUUCCUGUACCCAAGAAUGACCUCCCCGAAUCCCGAGGAACGAGAACAAACGUUGUCCCGGAUUGCCAAGGUCAUCAGCUGCAUCAUCAACCACUGUCUCAACAGGGAAGGACUGAAGGCCAUCAAGCUGGGGAAGAUCGCCGGGGGGCUGAUCCUGGCCUGCAGUGACCCCAACGAAGGUGCCUCCUGCUGGGCAGCCGAUGGACUCCACCGCCUCUACACCCUGAUCGUGCAUCAAAAGAGUCUGACGAAGACAGAAGAUAGUCAAGAAUAUUUAGAUCUUCUACAGGAAUGGGAAGAAGAGAAGAUGUUUUGGCUGGCUUGGUUUUCGGAUGUGAGCAUGGCUGCCACGAUAUUGAAAAAAUACCUGCGUGCAAACGAUCAAAUGGAAUUAAUUCUGGCUGCCCUCCGAGGCAUGAAGAACGAUACUAUCCACAACACAAAAGUUGCCGUCCGAAUGCUUAAAGCCAUGCUGAGGGAGCCCAAAUCCAAUUUUGUGAAGGUGCCAAAGAUGGUCAAAUCCAUGUAUUCCUCCUUGGAUCAAAUCACGGAUCCUGCGGCCCGCCAUGAAUUCUUCCGGCUUCUCCGACUGAUCAGCACCAGCCACCCCGAAGAAGUUGUGAGGACUCUCCUCAAUUGCUCCCUCCAAUGUGACUGCAGUGCCUCAGCUAUGUGGCAUGCCCUGAUGUCCUUCUCCAGCACCUCUUACAAGAUCCUCGGCGUCCUGCAGGACACUAUCCAACAGCAGCCCUUCCGCCUGGAUAAACCUGGGACAAAGCCCACCGUCACUCCGUUGGCUGCCACAGCUGCUCUUCAAGAGAUCUUGAGGCACACCUCCCCUGCUUGCAAAGAGGCCCUCAAAGCGAUGUACCCCACUCUCUGCAUCGCCCUGCUCUGCCAGAUCUCCUACACGGUGCACAUCAAACCUCAUGAGAUUGAUUUCUAUUGGAGGACUUCCAUGCAGGAGAAAACCCCCACCCCUCCUGUGCCUUUGAGGGCAGCUCUAACAACCUUACAGACCCUCAUCCGACGUGUGAGCAGCGGAGACCAAGCCCUGAUUAUGAAUAAGCGGAGAGGAUCCGAGCUCCUAUGUCACCUGGCCACCCACCAGAAAGGACUCACGGUCUUUGCCAAAGCUCUCGUACGAAAUGAGGGGUGUGAACACAUGCUCCCUUAUCUGAUGACAAUUUUGGACAGCAAGGAAAACAACGUGCAUGUAAUCGCGAUGACGUUUUUGGUGGAGCUUCUUCAGAAGAAGACCUUCGAUGUGGAUCUAGAAGAAGUCCUCAUCCAGUAUCUCCGCAAGCAGUUGAACGCAAACCAGUUCCAGCUCCGAUCUCUGGCCAUGGAUGGUCUGCUCAUCCUUAGCACUCAUCCAGAGAAGGUGAUAAAACUGGUACCCAUCUUGCCAGACAUCUUGUCCAGGUUAAAAGACGUGAAUCGAAAAAUCAACGUGAAGACCCUCAAACUUCUUCCGUGCCUCCUGAAGAAUUUGACCCAGGAAGAAGCAAACUUGGUGGCUUUGGACGUGGCUAUUAGAAUACUCCCUCUUUUCGACGACGCUUCCAACAAAGUGAGAUUAGCCGCCGUGUCCACCUUCUCCUCCCUGUUUGACCUCGUCAAAAGGAGAUGCAAGGAUCAAAUGAAAAGCAUCGCCAUCCAGAGCUUAGUGCCGCUGUUGAUCCAUCUGCACGACGAAAGCAUCCUGGUCUCCCAGGCGUGCUGGGUGGCUCUAAAGAGAAUUGAUAAGUUUUUGAAGUCCUUCCUUCAAUUUUCCAUCGUUGAAACUGACCCUUGGAAUUAUAGCACGUGGUUGGUUGCCCAACGAAGUAUUCACUGA